AUUUUCUUCUAAAAGCAGAACUUCCCCGCGCUUUGUUCAGGAAGUUACGUGAUGUCUUGAAUCGCGCGAGUCGUUUUUCUUAUGUCGCACCUGAGUUCGCUGAGACGCGCGAAUUGCAUGCAGCGCGUUAAAGAAUUGUCUGUUUUCCGCCUUCCUGCGAAAGAGCCGAAGAAACAUGCUGCUGUUUUGGUACCGCUGUGUAAAACGGAAACAGACCAACUUUCGCUGUUGUAUACUUUGAGGUCAUCUUCAUUACGAAGUCACAGUGGCCAAGUUUGCUUCCCUGGAGGGACGCAUGACGAGCAAGAUGCGGACUUGAUUGCGACUGCUCUUCGCGAAACUGAGGAAGAAAUCGGACUCCAGCCGAACUUGGUUGAACCGUGGGGUUUCCUUCCGAAAGUACCUUCGAAAAAUUUCGAAGUAUGGGUCCAUCCGGUGAUCGCUGAAAUUCGAAAUUUGGCACUCGAUUCCCUCAGAGUUAACCGCGAUGAGGUGGAGCAAGUGUUUCUCGAGUCUUUGGAUACAUUGUGCGACGAAGCGAGCUUUUCUACGACAGAUUACAAAAUAGGAAGAACUGUUUUGACAAUGCCUGUCUUUCAAGGAGAACAUCACAAGAUUUGGGGUUUGACAGCUGUGAUCACGUUUCAAUUGCUCAUGUGCUUGGUGCCGGAGAGAUUCAGUCCUCAAAUGCAAUUACUGAGUGGAAAGAAUGGAUUUCCGAUGCCUCCAAGUUUUCUUACGUCUUCAAAACUUUGAAGGAAUUCCUCUCUGUACUAAUAGUAAUCCCAUCUUAUGUGCCGUUCAUUUUGUGAAGUCCUCCACAGGCACUCCAGGAGAAGAAAAUAAGCCGCAAGAUUUAUUGCUUUUGAUUCAUGAAGACGUGUUCAAUGAUUUGCUGAAACUUGGGGCCUUUUCAUUGGAAACAGGAAAAAUUGUCCUGUUUAUUUCAAGCUGGAGACCAUUAAAAAAAUACAGCAAGAUUGGAAAGGUCUGAAAUACUGUGUAUGUUUUUCAGAUUUAAAAAAGAAAAAAACGCUCUGAAAGUUCAAACGUUGGGAACCUCUGUCUAAUCCAUAAGAGAAACGAUUUGGAGAAAACAGCGUUUGAGUGAUGUAUAAUUGGAUGGUGAAUUCUGCAAGACGUGUGAACAAUGCUGCGUCAAAAGUUUUGGGAAGAUCGCGAACAAUAAGAAUUCGGCAGGCAUCCAAAGGAUUCCGAAGAGCUUCCGCACAGUGCGCACAAGAUAUUGAAGAAUUUGGUCCUUCUGUUUACAAAUUGGAUUUGCUUCAUUGAACCGAUUACCCACGAGAAGCUUUUGGAUUAUAAACUUCGCCCGGUGUUACUAGUGGUGGAUGCUUUCUUGCUAAGUGAGCCACUUCCGUAUCCACGGCGUUGGCAAUUGUCUUUCCACCCUGGAUGGCCUGGUUAUCGGCAGCGCCUGGACUUUGUGCCAAUAUUUUUGGAGGUUCUUGGAAGUUUCGUGCGUCUCUUUUGUGGUAGUCAACUUUACUGAGACGAGCAUGAGGGCCAUCUGGUAGAUUCGGUGGAGGUUGCGACCGUUUCGAUAUUUUUUCUCCAACAAAUCGAAGUGCUUGAAUGUACUUGCGGCCAAGGAAACGAUCACGGAUGGCUCGCAUUGGUGGGAUAAGAUCGCGUGGUGGUAGUUUCUUCGACAUUUUGAUAAUGAAUUAUGAAGGUUAAAAUGGAGCGAUUAAUUCGCGAGGAUAUGUCAUCUAGAAAUACAUUGAAUUGUUCGGCGAA